CAUUGUUCUCGGUGCCCCACGGGCUUGAGCCGGGGUGAAUCCGGAGGGGCCGGGCCGAGCCCAGGGGCGCUUUUGCGCGCGAAGCAGCCGCUAGAGCAGGACCUGGUCUCCCGAGAGGUGAGCCGGAGAGGCAGGCCUGGAGCUGCGCGGACCCCGGGCAGUAGCCCGAGCGGGACUACUUGUUGAUAUCUGAGGAGGGAAGUGUCUUACCUGAGAGCCUGGCUGGAGAAGACUGGGGUUCAAGGCUUGAAGCCUAAGUGAUUGCCCCAGGACCGUGGAUGAUGGCUGCAGAGAUCCCGAGAGUGACCACUCCGCUGAGCCCCUUGGUCCAGGUGCCUCAAGUGGAAGAUAGACAGAAGGAGGAGGUCACCACCAUGAUCCUGGAGGAUGACUCCUGGGUGCAGGAAGCUGUGUUGCAGGAGGAUGGCCCUGAGUCUGAGCCCUUUCCCCAGAGUGCUGGCAAGGGCAGCUCCCAGGAGGAGGUGACCAGGGGACCACAGGGUGCACUCAGCCGCCUCCGAGAGCUCUGUCGGCGCUGGCUGAGGCCAGAGGUACACACCAAGGAGCAGAUGUUAACCAUGCUACCAAAGGAAAUUCAGGCUUGGCUGCAAGAGCAUCGGCCUGAAAGCAGUGAGGAGGCAGCGGCCCUGGUGGAAGACUUGACCCAGACCCUUCGGGACAGUGAUUUUGAGAUACAGAGUGAAAAUGGGGAGAACUGUAAUCAAGACAUGUUUGAGAAUGAAUCACGUGAGAUAUUCUCUGAAAUGCCUGAAGGUGAAAGUGCUCAGCACUCCGAUAGGGAAAGUGACUUUGAGAGAGAUGAUGGCGUCCAGAGGGCCCAGGGACACACCCCAGGCGAGGACCACGGGGAGGUGCUCUCUCAGGACAGGGAAGUUGGGCAGCUCAUAGGCCUGCAGGGCACCUACUUGGGGGAGAAGCCCUACGAAUGUCCCCAGUGUGGGAAGACCUUCAGCCGGAAAUCCCACCUCAUCACACACGAGAGGACCCACACAGGAGAGAAAUACUACAAAUGUGAUGAAUGUGGAAAAAGCUUUAGUGAUGGUUCAAACUUUAGUAGACACCAAACCACUCACACUGGGGAGAAGCCCUACAAAUGCAGAGACUGUGGGAAGAGCUUUAGCCGGAGUGCCAACCUCAUAACCCACCAGAGGAUCCACACGGGGGAGAAGCCCUUCCAGUGUGCCGAGUGUGGCAAGAGCUUCAGCAGGAGUCCCAACCUCAUCGCACAUCAGCGCACCCACACUGGAGAGAAACCCUACUCGUGCCCUGAGUGUGGAAAGAGCUUUGGCAACCGAUCCAGCCUUAACACCCAUCAGGGGAUCCACACUGGAGAAAAGCCCUACGAAUGUAAAGAAUGCGGCGAAAGCUUUAGUUACAACUCCAACCUAAUCAGACACCAGAGAAUCCACACAGGAGAGAAACCCUAUAAAUGUACAGACUGUGGGCAGAGGUUCAGCCAGAGCUCAGCCCUCAUCACCCACCGGAGAACCCACACAGGAGAGAAACCCUACCAGUGCAGUGAGUGUGGGAAAAGCUUCAGCCGCAGCUCCAACCUGGCCACGCACCGGAGAACCCACAUGGUGGAGAAGCCCUAUAAGUGUGGGGUGUGCGGGAAGAGCUUCAGCCAGAGCUCCAGUCUGAUCGCACACCAGGGUAUGCACACAGGGGAGAAACCCUACGAGUGCCUGACAUGUGGGGAGAGCUUCAGCUGGAGCUCCAACCUCCUCAAGCACCAGAGGAUCCACACAGGAGAGAAGCCCUACAAAUGCAGCGAGUGUGGGAAAUGCUUCAGCCAGCGCUCCCAACUCGUAGUGCACCAACGGACCCACACAGGCGAGAAGCCCUACAAAUGCCUCAUGUGCGGCAAGAGCUUCAGCCGGGGCUCCAUUCUGGUCAUGCACCAGAGAGCCCAUUUGGGAGACAAGCCCUACAGGUGCCCUGAGUGUGGGAAAGGCUUUAGUUGGAACUCGGUCCUCAUUAUACAUCAGCGAAUCCACACUGGGGAGAAGCCCUACAAAUGCCCCGAGUGUGGCAAAGGCUUCAGCAACAGCUCUAACUUUAUCACACAUCAGAGAACUCACAUGAAAGAGAAACUUUAUUGAAGUGGCAAAGAGCGAAAGUGAGGGACUGGCCUGGAGUGGGAGUUGCCACACUGCCCCAGCAGUGAUUCCCUUUCAAAGAGCCGGGCUUCCUAAACAUUCUGUGGGGUUUUGCCAGAAUCUUCCCCUUGCUCAUCCUCAUUUCCAGGACACUGUCAUUUUAGUGGUCUGAGUCAAGUCCCAUAUACAUUCAAGAACAGGGCAUAGGAGUGGAAGGUCUGGAAAGUUGGGUCUUUUUCCCUUACAUUGGGUGACUUGAUUGGCCCCCUCUCUCGUGAUUCCUCUGUGCCUCAGUUUCCUCUUUGGUAAAAUGGGGGGGGAAAUGUUUCUCCACGUGGAAUGGAAGACAGCAUGGCUCAGAACGUGGGCCAAGUCCUCAGAGAAAUACUGGAAAUCUUUGGUGUGGUUCUGGUUGUUUUGUUGUUUUGCUGCUACAUUGUUGGGCUAAGGUGCCUUCACCCCAAGCUGUUAGUGUUCCAGAGCUCCCUGCCCAUGCUAGAAUCUGCUCUUCUGGCUUUGGUGCCUUGGGCUUUGAUUUCAGGUCAACGUGGAGGGGCUUCUCCAGUUCUGAGUCAUCCACAUGAAGAUAAAGCCCCUUUCUAUUUCCAGAAAGUGUCAGGAGCACAGAAACAUGAGGACGUACAGCCUGGAGCCAGUGUCCCAG